AUGCUACAAUCGCGGGACAACACAGAAUUCCUAAGCAACUUCACAUCGAAAUUAUCAACCUUUUUGUUGACUGGCAUUCCUGAUCUAGACUCUGCUCAUGCCUGGAUCUCCAUCCCUUUCUGUUGUCUUUAUGCCACCGCCCUCUUUGGCAAUAGCAUGAUCCUCUUUAUCAUUGUGACCCAGCAUAGUCUGUACGAACCUAUGCACUAUUUCCUCUCCAUGCUCUCUGCCACUGACCUGGGUUUGACUUUUUCUACAAUGUCAACCACCUUGAGAACCCUGUGGUUUCAUGCAAAUGAAAUAAGUCUAGAUUUUUGCAUUGUUCAGAUGUUUUUUCUCCAUGGAUUCACAUGUACAGAAUCUGGGGAGCUAGUGGCUAUGGCUUUUGAUCGCUAUGUAGCAAUCUGCAACCCUCUUAGGUAUACUACGAUUCUUACUAAUUCUAGAAUCAUUCAGAUGGGUUUUCUAGUGAUAAUGCGCAUUCUACUAUUAACAGUUCCACUACUUUUGCUCCUUAAACCUGUCUCUUUCUGUAAAAGGAAUACCCUCUCCCACUCCUACUGUUAUCAUCCAGAUGUGAUUAAGUUAGCAUGUUCAGACACUCGGGCCAAUAGCAUCUGUGGACUAGUUGAUCUCAUUCUGACCACAGGGGUAGAUAUUCCAUGCAUUGUCUUAUCUUAUAUACUGAUCAUUCACUCUGUCCUCACUAUUGCCUCCUCUGAAGAAGGGCACAAGGCUUUCAGCACCUGUGUGUCCCACAUUGGAGCAGUUGCUGUUUUCUACAUCCCGAUGUUUAGCCUGUCUCUGCCUGUGCUCAACCCCAUCAUUUACAGUGUGAAAACAAAGCAAAUCAGAAAGGCUAUUCUUAGUUUGCUUUUUGCAAAAUGA